AAUAAUGGUACGUUGGCAAACAUGUAUCAGCCACGUAAGAUUGACAAUGACGUUUGUGAAAAUGAUUAUUUCUGUCCAAAAAGAAUUUUCUGAAAAAAAAUGUGUAGUGCACUAACUAUCAAUUGAUAUUUUUAUUAAGAAAUUAUUUAUUUAAAAAUCUAAUUUAAAUGUCAUGAUGGCUGACAGAAACAUAAAUGGUAUUUCAACAAAUCCAGAAAGUCUAAAACAAAGUGCUCUGCAAGAUGAAAAACUCUUCCAACAUCAACAAUUUAAUGGAGUUCAUUCUUCACAAUCAUCAAGGAGCUCAUCUCCUGGAGUGAGACUAGGCCACAUCUCUUCUCAACUGCCUCCUAGAUUAAUACCACAAUCUCAGCUUCCUCCAGUAAGACCGUCAAUAGGAAAUGUGACUCAGCAGAUUGGAGGAAUAAAUCUCAAUCAAAGCCUCCCAAGAUCAAGUCCACAAUUUGGAACACCAACAUUUUCCCAAUCUCAGUCAUCUACCAUGGGUCAAAAAGCAACACCUUCACCAAUUACUGUUAACACAUACUUUAAUAAAGAUACUGGAAGUAGUAUAGGAUCUACUGCCUCACAACAGAGUUUAAGUGGUUCAUUUCCAGUACCUCCACAAAUUCAACCUAAUCUGGUACAAAGUAAUGCAUUUUCAGUAAAUCCUCAGUCAUCAUCCAAUUUAGGGCAAAAAUCUGAUAGCUUUCCCCCUCUUCAAGGCCAGUUUCCAAAUGUUCAGCAAAAUAAUACAUCUCAACCUCCUAAACCUUUUCAUUUGCCAAAUCCUGCACCAACUAGAACUGUGUCAGGCAUUGGAAGUCUACCCUCACCACAAAACAAAGUCUUAACAAACCAAAAUGCCGACUUAAGUAGGACACAUCCAACACAGAGCCAGCAUUCAAUGGGAGUGCCAUACAAUUCAAGUUUAGCUGCUAGGGUAAGUCCGAUUCCUCCUCAACAAAACUUUCAAAUUAGUCCAAAUAGAAAUGGCCCAAUUCAAGCACCACCAUCUCAAGGUCAGAUAAAUAGCCAAUUUGGUCAAAGUAGAAAUGUUGUGCCAGGUUCUCACUUUCAGACUACUGUGAGUCAGCAGAAUUUACAAAAAACAUACCCUCAACAGCCAUCACUUGUCCAAAACAAUGAUAACCAAAGAAUUAAUGGUCCUAAUUCAUUUCAAAACUUUAAUAAUGGUCCAAAUAAUAAUGCUAAUUUACCUACCACACCUUCAACCCUUAGUACUCAAACCACCAACUAUCAACAAGUCAAUAAUAGUGGAGUUCCUCCUCUCACGCCACCAAAUGUGGCUCAAAAGGCCAAUUUACAUUCAAAUAGGUAUCCCACACUAUCUGUUAAUAACUAUCAGCAACCAACAGUAACACCUGGUCAAUAUUCUUAUCAACAACCAGUGCAAAAACAAGCUGUCCCUCAACAACAAUCCAUGAAUUCCUACCCAAACCAAAAUAACCAAGGAGGAGUACUGCAAACAGGUUUUAACAAAUACUGGGGAAUGGAACACUUUGAUCUCCUUCAAAUUCCCAAUAUACUACCACCAGCAAAGGAAGAAGCUCCCUUAGUUCAGCUAGGCCAAGAACUACUUGAUGAAGCCAAUUGCAGUCCAGAUCUGUUCCGGUGUACAAUGACGAAGAUUCCUGAAAAUAAUUCACUCUUACAAAAGUCUAGGCUCCCUCUGGGAGUGUUGAUUCAUCCCUUCAGGGACCUUAGCCAUUUGCCAGUUAUUCAGUGUAAUGUCAUAGUCAGGUGUAGGGCAUGUCGCACUUAUAUUAAUCCUUUUGUUAUGUUUGUGGAUAACAAGAGAUGGAAAUGUAACUUAUGCUACAGGAUCAAUGAGUUACCAGAAGAAUUUCAAUAUGAUCCUGUCACUAAGACUUAUGGAGAUCCUUCUAGGAGACCAGAAAUAAAAUCUAGUACUUUGGAAUACAUUGCACCUGCAGAAUAUAUGUUAAGACCACCUCAACCUGCAGUUUACCUUUAUUUGUUGGAUGUCUCCAGAUUAGCUGUUGAAAGUGGUUAUUUAAAAAUUGUAAGCAAUAUUUUAUUAGAAGAAUUAAAGAACAUACCUGGAGAUGCUAGGACUCAAAUUGGAUUUAUAGCAUAUGAUUCGGCGCUACAUUUUUAUUCUUUGCCUGAAGGUAUAACACAACCUCAUGAGAUGACAAUUCUGGAUAUAGAUGAUGUAUUUCUUCCAACUCCUGAUAAUUUAUUGGUAAAUUUGAAGGACAGAAUGGAUCUAAUAGCAGAUCUCCUCAGACUGCUGCCCAACAGAUUUGCCAACACGUUUGAUACCAACUCUGCUUUGGGUGCUGCGCUGCAGGUAGCAUUUAAAAUGAUGAGCCCCACUGGAGGAAGAGUCACAGUUUUUCAAGCUGCUCUUCCGAAUAUUGGCCCUGGGGCGCUGGUAGCCAGAGAGGAUCCAUCCAGCAGGGCAGCUACAGAAGUGGCACAUCUCAACCCCGCUAACGAUUUCUACAAAAGACUGGCUUUGGAAUGCAGUGGUCAACAGAUUGCAGUUGAUCUGUUUGUAGUUAAUUCUCAAUAUGUUGAUAUUGCUACCAUUUCUGGAAUAAGCAGGUUUAGUGGUGGUGCUAUACAUCAUUUCCCAUUGCUCAGACCUGCGAGAGCAACACUUUGUGAGAAUUUUACACGUUCUUUCAGACGAUAUGUAGCCAGAAAAAUCGGUUUUGAGGCGGUAAUGAGGAUACGAUGCACACGAGGAUUGUCCAUUCAUACUUUCCAUGGCAACUUCUUUGUUAGGUCGACAGAUUUGUUAUCGUUGCCAAAUAUAAAUCCAGAUGCAGGGUUCGGAAUGCAAGUGGCCAUUGAAGAGAGCCUGUCUGAUGUCCAAACUGUUUGUUUCCAGGCAGCUCUUCUGUACACUUCAAGUAAGGGCGAAAGGAGAAUCAGAGUUCACACAAUGUGCCUACCAGUCGUUUCAACCUUACAUGAAAUCAUUCAUUCAGCUGACCAGCAGUGCAUCAUAGGAUUGUUAUCAAAAAUGGCCGUCGAUCGGUCGAUGCAAUCUAGUCUUGCAGAUGCCAGGGAGGCAUUCAUCAAUGUAGCAAUAGAUAUAUUAUCCAGUUACAAAGUGAGCCUGAAUCUUGGUAGCCCUGUAACGGGUCUACUAGUGCCGAAUUGUUUGAAAUUAUUGCCUUUGUAUAUAUCAGCUCUUCUCAAGCAUACUGCAUUUAGAACGGGUACUUCUACAAGGUUGGAUGACAGGGUUAUGAAAAUGAUUGAAAUGAAAACUAAGCCACUUUACAUGUUAAUGCAAGAUAUUUAUCCAGAUUUAUAUCCCAUUCACCAAUUGGAAAACCAAGAGGUCAUUAUGAACUCUGAGGAAGAGCCUGUAUCUGUGCCGCCUCGAAUCCAACUUACUGCCAGGUGUCUUGAUAACAAAGGUGCUUUUCUGAUGGACUUAGGUGAACACAUGGUUAUUCUAGUGUGUCCAAAUGUUUCUCAAGAAUUUUUAAAUGAAGCUCUGGGUGUUCCGAAUUACCCAGCCAUCCCUGAUGACUGUUAUGAAAUACCCGUUUUAGAUAAUCUUAGGAAUCAAAGACUUCAUCAAUUCAUUAGCUAUUUAAACGAAGAUAAACCGUUUGCGGCGACAUUGCAAGUGAUUAGAGACAAUAGUACCAAUAGAGUUGUAUUUUUCGAGAGAUUAAUUGAAGAUCGCGUUGAAAAUGCACUUUCUUAUCAUGAAUUUUUGCAACAUUUAAAGACUCAAGUGAAAUAAGGUUAAGUGUACAUUCAUUUUUUAUCAUUUUAUUUAAUUGUGCAAAUAUAUUGCUUAUGGAACUAAAUUGGUAUUUGUGUAAUAAAAUAAUUAUAAGGGUAAUUUUUUGUUAAUCUUCUGUCUUGAGGUAUGGGGAACGUGGUGAUGCCUAAAAUAACUCAAAAUUGUCAGUAAUCUUAGAGCUUAAAUAAUUAAUUCAUGUUCGGAAUGUUUGAAUAAUUACCAUAAUACCAAAGUUUACUUAUAUUUUAGAAAUGGCAUACAAUAAUAUGAAAAGUCUAUCUUAGUAAAAAAAUAUUAGAUUAUAAAAAUGAUUGAAUCACACAAUCUGUUGUAUCUCGAGACAGACAUAAUAUUAAUUUUCAUCUCAUAUCCAUGAAAUCAAAUAUUUGAAAAUAAUUACAAGUUUGAUAAGAUAGGGAUUGUUUUUAUGUAAUUUGUCUUCAAGGUUGUCACAUAUUUAUUCCUUAUUGAAGUAAAUUACGUUUUCAAAUUUGAAAAAAAAAGGAGAUCCUAUCACACAAAAAGACCAAGAUAAUAUGGAAUUUAAAGAAUCGAUUUUGAUCUUGUAAAGAUUUUGUAAAUAAUUUUAGGAAAGUUAUGAAAUUUAGUGGUUAAUAUUAUAACCAAGCUUAUCAAACCAGUAUAUUAUUUAUUUCAUAUGGCUGCUAAAUGGUUAAUUAAGUAAGACAUAUGUGAUAAUUAUAAAUAAAUUGGGAAAGAGCAAAUAAGUAAAUCAGCAAAAAAAUAGAUAUUUUCUACACUAUCCAAAUUUGUUAGAAUAUCAAAAAAGUUUUAUACAAAAAAUAAUUGUAAUAAAAUUAUAUACAAAAGUAUAAUUUUCUAAUUGUUGCCUGUAACUCUUUCUUAAUUUAGCGAAAUGAUUUUCAAAAAAAUUUCACCCGAAAUUUAGCUAUAGAAGACUGACAUUCCUUAAUCAUUUAGCCCAUAUUUAUUCAGUAUCAAAUGACUAUAAACAAUAACCAUGAAAGUUCAGUCAAAAAUUGAUAAGGAAUAUUUUAUUUUAUUACGCAAAAUAAAAAAAAAAUAUAUUAAAAUUACUGAUAUUGAAUUAUUGUGAUAAAAUCGGCAAUAUUUUUGCAUCGGUAUUGUUUAUGCUUUUAAUUUGCCAUGAACCUAUUCAUUUUCAUUGUUUCAUAUUUGUUAUAUCUUAUAGACUAUAUUAUUUUAUUGUAAAAUAGGUAAUAUUAUAUCUUUUUUGUCCUAUUUUCAAUCAUGUAUUCAUGAAUUUUGUCAGUGUGAAUACCUAUUCGAAGGUUGAAAAUAAAUUGUAUAUAUUUAAAAUCUAUUUUUUUACGAAAUUAAAAAAAAAAUCCUUUGCCAUUUCAAUUUUACUGCAGCACAAGCUUCAUUCAAGCGUCACAUGAUGAUUAAAAUUAAAAAAAAAUGUAUACAGUAUGUUCGAACGUUAGUAAAUAGACGAAAAAAUACACUUUUAUGAAAAUUUUUUUUAUUGAAAUGAAAAAUAAAUAAAGAUCACAAAAAAGUUUCUAAGGGUAGCAUUGAAAAAAUCACGUACUUAUUUUGAAUUUUUUACAUUUUUUUUUUUUAAUUUGGAUUUCAUUCUAAACUAGUUAUCAGAAACAUGACUCGUAUCGCCAUUUUUGUCGGUUAUGGCCAAUUCUAGAAACCUUUUCUUUUGUAGAUGUUAAUGAAAAUAAAAUGUAGAUUAUAAAAAAAAUGUAGAUGAACAAAAAAAAUUAUGUCAACAAAAUGUAGAUGAAAGAAAAAAACAUUAAAAGAAUAGAUGGCAAAAAUGUAAAUGAUAUAAAGAGAUGAAAGAAAAUAUGGAGGAAAAAAUGUAGAUGAAACUUCUCUAUGUGAUAAUCAAGAUAGAAUGAAAAUCUUUAAGAGGCCUACCACUAACCGUAUACUUAAAAUAAUAAUGCAUAUGCAUUUUCUAAUGAACAGAUAUAAACUAUUAAAACACCCUAUAAUUAUGUAUCUAUAUCAAGUAUGAUAUGUUGUUCUUUUCUUUGAAAUUAAAACAAUUUAAAAAUCUCCGACUAUAAUGAUAUUAAUAAUAAUACAUAUAUUUUAUUUCAAGAAAGUUAAUCCUAAGUUGAUACAUUAAUUUAUUCCAAUACGGUCCUGUAAAUAAUGUGUACACAGUUGUAACUAUAGAUAUGUAACCUUUGUAACCAUUUACUGAAGCGUUCACUGUACAUUCUGUACAACACCGAUGCAUAUGCAUUUUGAAGACAUACGCCAUAAAUAAACAACAUAGUCUCAUGAACUUGAGAUCCACAAUGAGCAAUUUAGCGACAUUAGUCAAUACUUAUGUGAAUCAUUAGAUAGAAGAGGUCAGGUUGAUGCGGUGUAUACUGAUUUCUCCAAGGCUUUCGACAAAAUCAGUCGUGUAAUACUUCUUAAAAAGCUACAAUGCUUAGGCUUCAAUGAUAUUGUGAUGUUUGUUUAUUUUAAACAACAGUUUAUUUAUUAAUAAUUUAUUUAAACACUUAUUUAUUUUAUAA